CGUCGUGCGUGCAGUGGCGUCGCGACGCCGGCGCAGUUUACCGGAUCGAUUCGGCGCGGCGUCCGUUUCCUCCUAACUUGUCCUCCUCGUCGUCGUCCUCGUCUCUCUCUUAAACUCGAGUACGAGCUCGACUACGACGAACGAAACAAAAAGGGAACAACGACGAAGUGAAAAAAUGUACGAUAACAGUAAGAAUAAUCAUACCAAUAACGACGAUGACGAGGAAGAGAAACGUCUCCGGCGUGCGACGUGAUGCGUUCGCGAAGACUUAACCAGAAAGAGAGAAGAUUAAAUUAAGGGUAGUCAACAAGAAAUAGAAAUAGAAAGAGAGAGAGAGAGAGUGAGAGAGAAAAGAAUUAAUCACCUCUUAGAAGCCAACUUUUCUUCUCGACCCUAGCCGGUUAAAAAUAUUUUCGACUCCAUUGGCGUGGAAUUGCGUGAUUGCUGUUCUAGGAAAAGACGAGUAAGAAAUAGAAAAAAAAAGAAAAACUAGAGAGAGAGAGAGAGAGAGAGAGACAUUAUACGGUGCACAUCAAUCGAUCUUUGGAAAAUUUGUUGGAAAGAUUGAAUCAUCGAAGAUGGAUUAUCGGUGCGCCACCGGUACGAGAUACGACGAUGACGUCCUGGAGAACGAGAAAGGGUUGUUCGGUGCCACUGCGAAUGACAAUAAGGGUGCAUCGAAACGUGGCGCUCCAUGCACGCGAGGUACUGCAAUGUCGUUCGGCUUUCGUAGAAGACCUACCACAGGAAUCCCGGUACCGAUAACAAAUUAUGCAACGGAUCUAACGUUAUUACACCCAAGAUCUAAGUCAGCCGGUCCAGAGCAAACCCGUAGACGAGACGACGAUGUUACUUACCAGGCCGUUCAAAACUCAUCUUCCGGAAGAUCAACGCCACGGCUGGCACCGCCGAAAAAGGAAGCGACUGGGGUAUCGACAAGAACAAAUCGUUUUGGAUACAGGCAAGCGCAGGGCAGAUUCACGAACAAGGUCGGUGACAUUUGCAACAGUCAUAGCGUUAGCCAUUACAAUCAGGAAAGGCUUCAACAGCAUCAACAACAGCAACAGCAACAGCAACAGUAUCAGCAGCACGAGAGUCACGUUCCUAAACAACAGAACAGAGUUGUACAGGUUUAUAACGUAGCUACAGGAUCGAAGCUACGAGCAAACGUCCCGUCAGCGCACAACAGCAGCAGCAACGGCGGUGGCAAUAAUAAUGUCACCAACAACGACGCCAAUCGAAGAGUAUCUGGCAUUCCCGAAUCGGUAACCAGAUACACGUUACACGCAAGUCAUCUACCGCUACCCCAAUACGCUGUAAGAAUGAACGAUACCAAUUCGAAAAUCGCAAAGACAGUUGCAAAUCAAAGUAGAAAAAUUUCUACUGGUUCGAAAAGCUCGGCUAGCUCGAAGGAAGGCUCAGGUACGGAGGAUUCUGGUGUUAGCAGUCACCAGAGUUGUCCGGGGGAAAGCGAAAGGAACGAAGGUUACGAUUGUAUAGAUGGUUCUACGACAGGUAGUAGAAGGGGGACAGCAGCAUUUGGUCGUGGUAGAAAUUUAAAAAUGGUAGUCAGUGGGAAGAGUUUCGACGUUCGAGAUGUCGGGGAUGACGACAGUACAGUAACCGAAAUAUCCGUAAUACCGUUGCCAAAGUGCUUCGCGAGCCCUAAUUUAAAUACCGGGCUAGUGCGGGAGAGAGCGACGCAGUAUCAAAGAAUCGUUAACAAGGACAACAGGUACACGAGUUCCAUAACUUCGAUGUCAACUACUUCCUCGGAGGGAUACGACGAAGGUUUGGGCGAAGAAAAAGUUUACAAAGACAGGUCUCGUACCGAAAAAAUACCUUCGAUCAAGUCCGACUUCAGUUUGCCUAGCUCGGACGAUCCCGAGUACGGGCACGGGGAAGCAAUGGCGGACGAGUACUCGCUUAGCUCGAGCGACGAGUGUCAACAACGUUCCAAUUCUAACUCUACGCAGCACAAUAUAAAGACCAUAUCGGACGCUGCCAAGAAUGGGAAUCUACCGAAAAGUACUCUUCGUUCCGUCCUUCUAACCAUCGAGGAUCCUGCAUUUGCAGCGGCUGCUGCUACCUCUACCGCCUUAAUAGACGACGAAACGUCACCGGUUGACAGUCUUUUCGACAGUCCUACGGCCAGUAUUACACAAUCCGACGACAAAGUGUCCAAGAAGGAAUGCGUCAUGGAACGAUCUGGGAAUACAAUAGACGAUGACAGUCCUGGCACGCCUACCAACGCCUCCAAUUCGCUCAGUUUGUCAGAGGGAAAAGAAUUUUUUGACGACGAAAUCGCCGAUCAGCCUGGAUUAAUAUUCGACGAUAAUUCGGUGGUAGUCGCGGUUGAGACUCAAUCCGUGGCGAUUAAUCAAGUGGUCACGGAAAACAGUCACACCUUGGUCGAAUCGAUCGCUAAAUCAAAUAUGCAACAAUCUGGAAAAAAUUCAGGUAUUAGUCCCUUUCAUGGAAAACGAAUAAGUCGUGCAGGAAGCGUCGAUACCUUAUCACCUUGCGAAUCAAUCGCUUCGGACGAUUUGAUGUUAGAUUACGAACGCAGCGAUGCGAGUUCCACCGAGGAUACGCAUAAUCGAUUGGAUUCUAAUCCCGCGUUGCACGAACUGGACGAUGCAACCAUACUUUCCGAACUGGAGGCGCAAGGCGAAGAAGUGAUGAGACAGUGGACCUCGUUAUUGGGCACGACUCAACCUACGCAACAGCAAACUUCUAAUUCUAAUACUGUAAACAAUAAUAUCAACAACAGCAUCUCUAACAACAACAAUCACUCCACUACGGAAUCUGGAAUCAUAAAUGGCAGAAAUUCGAGAUUAUUGCGAAGCAGGUCCGGUGCAGAAUCACCGCGUUCGUUAGACAGCAUUCGUAGUCGUCAAAUACCAAGUCCUCUAAGAACACCGAGAAGUAUUCCAUCUCCCAGUUUCGAUUCGAGCGACGACACAACCAUCAGGAUUGAUCGUGCAACCUUCCAGUACAUGUUUCAAGACAUUGUCUCCCUUAAGACUAUGCUCUUAAAACUAAAACGAGUACUUCAGGAGCCAGAAGCUCUCAACCCAUUCGAUAAUACUGUGAAGAAUGGUCUCUUCUACACCCUGAGCGAAGGUGGUACAGCUGAUGUCAGUACGUCUCCAGGAAGCGGAGAAAGUAGUAUAGCCGAUGAGCUGACGGAUUUACGUAGACAAGUGAUCUUUUUACAAGGCCAAGUAGAAGAUAAAGAUCGAACUAUACAAAUACUUCAGUUUCAAAUGACAAAAUUAAAAGCUUCUAAUGGCACAGACGUGGAAAAUAAUACGCCGUCAGCAAAUUGUAGUAAAUCUUUGCUAGUGGACAUGUGCAAUGCUGCCACGCAGACCGAAAAGAUACGACCAGUGUCAGCAGGACCUUCGCUUCUGCAAUCACUUCCCCAAGAUAGCACAAUAGGGCCUCUCGUCAGCCUUGCGCGUUGGAGUGAUUCAAGGAAUUGCCAACGUCCCUCAUCGCUAGGAGAGCUUAACCAUUUUAGGAACCUACAUAGAUCGACCGACAAUUCGCAACACAUAUUGAGACAGCGGCAAUCACAAAGUCAAAUUGUUAAAACAAAUAUGCGGAGAAAUAUCAUAAGGAAAUCCCUUGAACAAGAAAAUAGUUAAGAAUCCAGCGUCUAAUCAUUUUUUCGAGCCGAAUGACACAUAAACGUGCGGUAAAAGCAAAACGAUGCGACAUCCACUUUAUUUACCAUAAGUAGCAUGCUUAUGAAUUAUAUACGAAACUGUUUUUCAAUGAAUAUAAAUAAUAUCAAAAGAAAUAGGAUUUAUAAUUAUUUGAUCGUUCCUAUAUUAAUUCUUUCUGCUUUUACCUCACGCUCAUACAUACUACUUUAAGUUUGAUAAUGUGAAUCAAUGCAAAUGGUCAAAAUCCCAUCUAUUAUCAGGUAAAUAGAUGCAUAAAUACGUACAAUAAAUUGGCGUCCAUUUCAUGAAUCAUUGUUCUAUUCGCGCUAUAUAAACUAUCAUUAUCUUUAUAUUAUAUUUCAAAUCUUCAAUUAGAAAGUAUGUAGCAGAAAGAACUGUUUUACUACUUCUACAAAAAUCUUGCCUAAUUUUCCUUCAUCUGAUUAGUUAAAGUUCAAGUACCACAUACAAAGUGAUCAAUGUAAUGCGAUCUCAAACAGUAUGCGUAACGUAAUUAAUACGAAGAUUGUAUUGAUUCAAAAAUAUAUUAUUUGAAAAUUCAUUACAUUAUCGCAAUACUUUUCUCUCUUACUGAUUGAACUAAACUAUACGUUAUGCAACUGUUCUUUAUAAUGUACAAUUUCUGGCAAGAAAUAUUCAUUUUAUACGAUUAUACAGUCAGGGUAUUACGUAAGUUUAAAUCUAUUGUUUUAAUUUAUUUCGUCCGAUUAAAACAAUUCUCGGUGCUAUUUAACUGUAUCAAGAUUAUCUAGACAUUUCUUUAGGUUUUAUAAAAGUCUCAAGUUGUAGAGUAAAGUAUAAUAAAUUACAUAAGAUUCUUUUGUUUUGAAAAAAAUAUAAAUUGAUAUUCAUUUCUAACAUCUUAAACAUCGUCAUAAUGCUACUUUGAUCUAUAAAGUUAUGACUUGAUUUUUAUGACUUUAAAUAAAUAAACCAGUUUGCCCCCGUUAUACAUUCGAAAUAAUUUAUAUAAUAUAUAGUAGAGCAAUUUUUAUAGAUUUCAUGCUAAGUACAGUGAAAAUAGAAAAAAAAAGAAAAGCAAACAAGCUAUUGGUAAUCGAGUGAAAUUUAUUAAUAACGUAUUCGUAAAUAUCUGUAUACAUAAACCUAUAUCUCUUAAAAUAUGUGUGUACAAGAGAAACAAAUUCAACCUAAUCAUUGCAGAAAAUUAUUUUCAUGUAAAUGUAUUACAUUUAGAUUUAUUAUUAGAUAAAUUGCAAAAUUUGCUUACUAAAAUAAAAGUAUAUAUACACAUAUAUACUGAGUAUUAUCAAAACCGUCUUAUUAUAUUAGAUGAACUUUAAUUAAGGUGAAUCAUUCCUACUCGAACAACUUUAACUUCAAAGAAAUAUUUCAUACAUGUUCUAAUAAUAAUUUUGCGACGAUGAUUAAGUCAGAAUAACUUUAAUAUCUGGAAAUUUAAAGUGAGCCUCGGUUAAUCGUAAUCUAAGUGUUACAUUUGUAAAAGUCUUGAAUGGACAACCAUUACGUUCUGUUGGUUUUACAUCAAAAUCUAUAAUAGUUACACACAUAUCACAACUCUAAGUUUUCUGUGAUCUUAUUUUGCCACAUAAAUAUUUUAAUUUAUACCCAUAAUUUAUUUGAAACUAUUUUAUAUCUAUUUUUUGUUGUUUGUAAAUUCUAUUUUCAAAAAAUGUAUAACAUCUUCAAAAGAAACCCCAAUAAUUUGUAAAAAUAAAAUAUAUUGUAUACGCGCUGUAUGUUUAGAAUGAUGUCUUUUCUUAAAUUUUUAUGAUUCAAUCUCAUACGAAGUGGAUAUAAGCUAACAAUAAUAAAGAAUCCUACUCCUCCGUAGACGAA